GCUCAACCAGAGCCUCAAGCUUCAUACAUAUAUUCCAGGAGGUGGCUUAGUCUCUUGAAGCAGGGGGCACGUAGCGCUACCUGCGCCACAGCAGAUAAGUACGUACCAAUGUACCAAGAACAGAUAGCGGCAGCGAGCACCACACAAAUCUGAGCCCUAAGCCAAAAAUCCCCUACCGCCAAAAUUCCAGAACAGUGCAUGCGUCACUGUCCAGCUACGGUACGCCCGUCCCUCCACCAAAAUUACAUUGACUCUCGAAAUUUCUCGUGAGACUGCUAACUACCGCCAACCCAUCGCCCAACCAUCGGAUCGACCAACCGACCUACCAUUCCUCCCACCUCCACAACGAUUCGAGCAGUCAAUCCAGAGGGAAAUCAGUCAAGAUGGCCACAGCCGGAACUCAGAUCUCCAAGCGCAGAAAGUUCGUAGCCGACGGUGUCUUCUACGCCGAGCUGAACGAGUUCUUCCAGCAUGAGCUCGCCGAGGAGGGAUACUCGGGCGUCGAGGUCCGCGUGACGCCCACCGUCACCGACAUCAUCAUCCGCGCCACCCACACCCAGGAGGUUCUCGGUGAGCAGGGUCGCCGCAUCCGCGAGCUGACCUCGCUCAUCCAGAAGCGCUUCAAGUUCCCCGAGAACAGCGUCUCGCUCUACGCCGCCAAGGUCCAGAACCGCGGUCUCUCCGCCGUCGCCCAGUGCGAGUCGCUGCGCUACAAGCUCCUCAACGGUCUCGCCGUCCGUCGUGCCUGCUACGGUGUCCUGCGCUUCAUCAUGGAGUCUGGUGCCAAGGGUUGCGAGGUCGUCGUCUCCGGUAAGCUGCGCGCUGCGCGUGCCAAGUCCAUGAAGUUCACCGACGGCUUCAUGAUCCACUCCGGUCAGCCCGCCCGCGACUUCAUCGACAGCGCCACCCGCCACGUCCUCCUCCGCCAGGGUGUCUUGGGUAUCAAGGUCAAGAUCAUGCGCGGCUCCGACCCCGAGGGCAAGGCCGGUCCUAGCAAGUCCCUGCCCGAUGCCGUCACAAUCAUCGAGCCCAAGGAGGAGGCCAACGUCGUCCAGCCCAUGAGCCAGGACUACGGUGCCAAGGCCGCUCAGGUCCAGGCCCAGGCCGAGGCUGCUCGUGCGGCCGAGGAAGAGGGCGGUGAGGAGGCCGCUCCCGUCGAGGGUUAGAAUUGAGUCGGUCGGUGCUGGACUCCUCAAUAUACCUGAACCCUCUCUAGUGGUGUUAGAAACGAACGGGUAAAGAAAACGCAGAUUUUCAAUCUCAAAAAGGGAUGGAAGUUGGGACAAAUCUGCUAAACGGCAAACUUUUCGGCGUCUUGAUCAUUUGCAUUGGCACGGGAGGGAAAUU